GCUAGGAGAAGUGUGAGUAUUGUGUGGCAAAGACCUCGAGAACAUUCUCGAUAUGACUAGUCCGGAUGAAGACUCUUCCUUUGCAGUGAGUGCUCUCCUUUCAGCAGGCUUAUGGAGCUCUAAAGAGAGCAAACCACCAACCACUACAGCCAAGUGGCAUUUGAAAUCUGCCUCACUCACUGUACUUCAUCCCGCCACGAGGCAAAAACGGCGCACCGGAAGUUGGACCGGAGACGGUCUUCCGAUCGGAAUUCACCGAAGACAUGCCGGUCAUGUGGAGAAAUGUUGGACUGAACAGCGAUAUAAUUACUAUACACCUAGCUCCAUAUCAACCUCAGCUCGCUCUUGGGUCGACUGCAUAUCCGUUGAUCAAAUAAAAAAUGGCGAGCACGAAAGAGAACACGUUCCUGCGGAUGAAUCAGCUCUUGAAGAGUGAUAAACCUGUUUUCGCAACGUUUCAAACAUUGAAGGGAGUCAGGACAUCCCAGAUUAUCUGUAACGCUGGAUUCGAUGCUAUCGUCAUUGACUGUGAACAUGGAAACAUUGGCGACAGUGACAUGCACGACUCGGUUGCGAUCAUCGCAGCCAUGGGUGUUGCUCCGCUAGUAAGAGUCAGAGGUGACUCGCCUGCUCUCAUCAAGCGAGCUUUGGACACUGGCGCACACGGUAUCAUGAUUCCCAUGGUCAGCACUGCUGAGGAUGCCAAACGAGUCGUUAGCAUGUCCAAGUUCCCACCCAUCGGUAUCCGAGGUCAAGGAUCACCUUUCGCUCCAUUUGCUCAGGGUUUCAAAGCGCCUUAUGACUACGUCAACCAGUACAACGCGAAUACCAUGAUUAUGGCUCAGAUUGAAACCGCUUUGGCCAUUCAGAAUGUCGAAGAGAUCGCUCAAGUCGAGGGACUAGACAUGCUCUUCAUUGGACCGAAUGAUUUGGCUCUAUCGAUGCUCGGCUAUGUCCCAUCCAACGGGACAGAGCAGAACUACCUUGACGCUAUUGACAAGGUCGUGGCUACCGCCAGGAAAUACGGCAAGAAGACAGGUAUCCUCGUCAAUGACGGAGCCACCGCCAAAAAAGUUAUUGGCAAAUUCGACUUGAUCGUCAUUAGCGCAGAUGCCAAGCUCUUCGGAUUAGCGCUCGGGGCUCAGGUCGCCGCGGCCAGGGCAUGAGGAGAGGGCCUUUCUAGCCUGAGACGAAACAAAAUCACAUGCAUGCAUGCUGUCCAGCGUCACAUAUCUUUGAAUGCUCUCGGAUGCAUCUUUCCUUUUAUUU